AUGAUCGGGGAUACGAUUCUAAUCAUUUUUAUUUCGAUUGCAACUGCUCUACUUGGCGAAGGUCUUACAUGGCUUCUAGUCUAUCGCACAGAAAAGUAUCAACGAUUGAAAGGUGAAGUCGAAAAAGCUAGUAAACGACUUGAACGACAAAAAGAAACAGUCAGCGAAGCAGCAGAUAAAGUUCAAAAACGCAAACUUGAACGUCAAGAAGAGAAGCUAAAAGUUAACAACCGUGAUUUAUCAAUGGUGAAAAUGAAAUCCAUGUUUGCAUCAAGUUUUACAUUCAUGGCACUGCUUGGCAUGUUCAAUUCCAUUUUCGAAGGCCGAGUUGUGGCUAAACUUCCGUUCGAACCAAUUCCAUGGAUACGUGGAUUAUCUCAUCGAAAUCUGUCCGGAGAUGAUUUCACCGAUUGUUCAUUCAUUUUUCUAUAUGUUUUAUGUACAAUGUCAAUUCGUCAGAAUGUGCAAAAACUCUUCGGACUUGCUCCAUCACGUGCGGCAAGUAAAGCGUCUGGUGGUUUCUUUUCACCGCCUGGUCAAAUGUCUUCGCGUUAG